GAGGGAGAGGGACCACUUUCCCAUCACCAAACUAGCGAGCCCCGAGCGAGGAAGGAGACGCACCGAGCGAUGGCGGAGCAAACCCCAAAGUCGCCACCCUCGGCGCCGCCGCCGCCGCCACCUCCGCCGCAUCAGAAGCUUCCUCAUCCGCCGGAGGAGGCGGCGGCGGCGGCGGCGCGAGGGUGGAGUGCGCACGGGUACCCGAACCCCCCGGACGCGGCGAACCCGGACCCGGCGACGCUGCGGGAGCAGUGGCGCUUCGCCAUACGGCAGUAUAGCCGAUGGUACUCCCACGCGUGGGGCACCGCCAUCCUCGCCGGCGCCGCCUUCUUCGCCCUCGGGUGGAUCGUCAAGGGCUCCAACCCCCUCCCCUCCCGCUCCGAUCACCGCGCCGACGAUGAAAAGAGGUAAUCAGUACUUCCCAUAAGCACCAUGCUACAACAUGGGAUCAGCCACAGAAGGAAAAUGUUGUAUAUGAAAGCUGUGCAGGUUUAACGACUUUAAGAGGAGGUUCUGUUUAAGGAUUCCAAUGUGAAUGUUUCAAGUAAUGUUGGUUUUAAGUUGCAACUUCUGUUUGCUAUCUCCUGCAUGUGUGGGUGGUUAUUUUUGCAGUUUUAUUUUUGUUCAUAUGUUUCUACUUUCUAGUCUAUAGAGCAUGAAAAACAUGUUUGUUAACUGUGAGCUUAUUGAGCUUAUGUAGUUCUUUCGGCUGUUCAUCAAGCAUGUUGAGCUA